CGCCGCUGAAAGCAGAGCGGUGGAGUGAAGUUUAUGGGUGCUUGGAAUAGCAGUGAGUUUCAGAAAUCGCAGAAUAUCUAAUAUUUCACUUUUUUGACAGCUCUUAGGAUUGCCCCCUGCCAUCCCCUCUCUUCCCCUUUUCUUGAGAACUCUGCUCUUGCCAAUGCUUUUGAGACGGUAGAAGGAAGCAGUGCCUGAAAAAGGAUUUCUGAAACUUGUAUGGCUUUGGAUUCAAACAAAAGGCUAGAAAUUGGUGUAAUCUUCAUACUCCUUUGAAUAAGAAGUAAUAAUGCAACGAAGGCAGGGAAGAGUCAAUGCUGGACUGCUUUUGCUGCUUUAUCAAAUUUCUCAAGUUGGACUCCAGAACAUUCCUUCUGUUACCCUUGGGGUACUUGCACUGAAUAUUUUUUUCUUUCUGAAUCCUGUGAGACCACUGCCUGAAGUGUGUAUCAGUGUAAAUGAAGGCUUCUACAACAAGAACUGGCAGCGUUUACUGCUUUCUCCUGUCCACCAUGUAGAUGAUUGGCAUUUAUAUUAUAACAUGAUUUCCAUGCUUUGGAAGGGAAUAAUGCUGGAAAAAAAACUUAAGAGCACGUGGUUUGCAUACAUAAUUGUAGUAUUUUCAGUGCUGAUUGGAGUUGUCUAUAUGGCAUUGGAAUUCAUGCUCGUGAAAAUUCUGGAUGAUCCUUCAUAUGAAAUGAAUUGUGCUGUAGGUUUUUCAGGAGUCUUGUUUGCUUUGAAAGUUCUUAACAACCAUUACAAUCCUGGAAGAGUCAGCAGUGUCCUUGGAUUGCGGAUAUCCAGUAAAUAUGCUUGUUGGGUGGAGCUGGUGGCUAUUCAUUUAAUCUCCCCAGGGACUUCUUUUGCUGGGCAUCUGGCAGGGAUUCUUGUUGGAUUGAUGUACACUAGGGGACCUCUGAAGAAGAUUAUGGAAGCCUGUGCAGGUGGCAUUUUUUCAAUGUCUGACCCUGCCAGGCCAAGGGAUUACUAUUCAGACUAUUAUGGCUAUUCAAGUUACCAGUAUGGAACGCCAAGGAACUAUUACGAUUAUACAGGUGGGCUUACUGAAGAAGAGCAACUUGAAAGGGCAGUGCUAAACAGUCUUAAUGAAAGAGAUUUUGGUGGCGCAACAUAUAAUAAUGAGCAGCGACCCUAUGGGUUUUGGUUUCCACCUAACCAGCAUUCAGAAGAGGAAAUAAGAAGGCAAAGGCUUCGUAGGUUUGAGAGACGAUGAAGUUGGCAUGAUGUAAUUGCAAAGUGUUGAUGUAAUUGCAAAGUGCUCUUCAGAGUUACCAAAUUGUGGAUUAAUUUGUAAUCUGCAGAUUCAUUUGUAAUCUUCCUUUUCUUUUUACUACUGUUUGCAAAACUGCAGAGGGUUUUGUGAGUUCAGGCUCAAAGUUGGAGCUUGCAUAAAAAGUGUGAGGUAGGAAACAAAAUGUGAUCUUUGUCCGUCUCCAUCAUAAUGCACCUUAAAUCUGCAAGAAAACUGUGGUUUUACCAUGCUGUCUUCUUUUGUGUAACUUCAACCUUGGCUUUUUGACUGCUGGUAUUCUCAGACAACACCUUUUCUUCAUGCAUAGCAGACAAAAAACCAUCAAGUUUUCUAUAUAACUUUAAAACUAUGCAAUUUUUCCUUAUGAACUUUUCUGUGUUUAUGAUGACCAACUGGUUUUGGGAUUGGCAUGUGUCACUUGAAAAAGAUUGCUUUGACAACAGCUGGAUUAUGUGAUUUUUAUGCUUAAACUUUUCAUCAGUUUUCCAGACUGGGUGAAAAUUAGCUGCAACUAUCCUCACCCUGAGGAAUUAUUUAAUACAACCUUUAAUGUUGCAGUCUUCCUCAAAACGUGCCAUUUUAUAUGGGGUCUGUACCUGAUAAAACAGGGUUGUAACUACUUACGAUUUCCUAAAUUUCUUAAUUAUUUUUAAUAUUUAAGUAAAAUAAAGCCUUUCUAAAUAUUUGCUUUAAAUCCAAAAAAGCUUCCCUUUACAGAGUUGAAAUAAUUUCUUAGGAGUUUUAUGGAAAGGGAAGUGUAUAUGCCAGGCAAAGAAUAUAUUUAUUUAGUAGCUUAGACUUUUUCAAAGCAUCUAUUUUCCUGAGUUAAGAAGGCUUGGAGAUUGUAUUUUGUCUAUGUUCAUGCAGCCUUAAAAAUUUUAUUUCUUUAUAUGUAUGUCAUUAUGUCCAAUAGCAGCACUAAGAGUCUGAAGACUUCUGGAAAUCUUGUCUAAAUAGGCUACCUUGAAUUUGUCAUUUUGUAAAAGGCUCUCUUUAUUCAACUCUUGAGUAGCUGAUAGGAAACCAGAGAGCUCAGCUGUCUCUUUGGACAGACCCUCCCAACUGCUGCUUGUCACAGUGGCUGUCCUGCAUGUGGCAUACCUGCCUUCUCAGUAAUGUUAACUAAUGAACCGGAAGGCUUUCUGUUCUAGUAUGAGUGUGAAAAAUUGCUGUUGCCCAGUCAUUUUACUCUCAGAAGGAAAUUCUUCCUGAAUUAGGGACGCUCCUCCAUAACUAUUUUCAGUCCUGAAGAUGUGUGAUUGCACAAGAAUUAGAUUACUGACUUUUGGCGCAGACCUGUUGGAAUUUCUUCAUCAGCACUGAUUGAGAGCAUUAGGAUGAGCAAUAUAAUGGUUUCUUUUCAGGUACAUGCCAUCACCAACCUGUGCUUUAUGGAGUUACAGUUUGAAUGUAAAUAAGUGCUGUAUUUUUCAUAAAGAAAAAAUCCUGAAACCAAGUUUUUUUACUAUGCUCUUUAUUUAAAGAGUACACCUUCUUGUUUGUAACUAAUGUCUGUAGAGGAAGCGUUUGUUUAUUUAAAAAUACACAAGCGGUUCUCUCUCCUGUGUCAUUCUCCUUUUUACCAUUCUUUUUAUGUAUGUAUUGUGGAUUUUUAUGCCAAGAAGCAGCACAAUAUUGUUAAACAAACUCUGUGGGUCGAGAUUCUGAGAGCCAAAAGACAUGGCUGUAGUGUGACUUUGGGUGUCUCAUUCAGGUAGUGUAAGAACACUGUUAAUACUAUGCAAAGUGCUUUCUGGCAUAUUCU